GUGGCUGGCCGUGAAAGCACGAAGCCCUGGAGGAAUUUGACAUUAACCCACUUGCCAGUAAAACCAAAUAAUGUUGCAUACAAUGAGCUCCAAUACUGCAGUCGCAUCUUUUGCCAGAAAAGCUCGAGAAGAGCCGCUUUGUGGAUCCCUUUGCCGACAGAUUAGCGGAAAAAAGCAACUAAACAUGCAUAAAUUUUUUUGGAGUUUUCUAGCCGUCACGGGAUUCGCUAUCGUUUUUUCUUUACCGCUAUCAAAGGAUGUCAAUCAUUCGAGACAAAAACGACAAGGGAGUCAGAUGGAUCCGCUGAUGCGACGAGCAUGCGAUAAUGUCGGAAACGAUACGAAAGGAAUAGCACCUCAUCCUUAUGCUUGCGGAUCGUAUUUACAAUGUUUUAAUGGAACCUACUCAGAGAUUGACUGUCCAGGAAAUAUGUUAUUUAACAUUAAAAAGAAUACCUGCGAUUUCCGCCGACUCGUCAAGUGUGCGGUAAUAGACGGAGUAGUCGGUGAUCCUAACGAUCCUAACUUUGGACCGGAAACACCUGUCCAAGUGGAUCAUCCGCCUUUGACCAAAUCCAAAUAAAGAUAAGAAUUGCUAAAUACAUCUAAAGCGGGUUGGCCAUUUAUUCACAAUCUCACACGAUACGGGAUUGUUGUGAUGGGAAUUAUUUUUACUUUUUUCAGUGAUUUUCUUAGCGCUGAUGUAUCUUAUGUUGUGCAGCAAGCUACUCCCAGCUCCCAAGUGCAAAAGCUAAGUUUCUAGAAAUGGUUUAAUAAACUGUGGAUGCAAGACCUUCAUCACCUGUUGAUUGACGACACUAAAACUUUUGUAAAUUCGUGUCGAUAGGCAUUAUCGGUUUGAAUAAAGCAAGCAAGGUA